UUUCACUUAUAUCUCACUCUCUCUCGUCAUUAUCACUAAUCCAUUUCUUUGCCUGGCAAAAGCGUCCCAAAACCACGCUCUUCCUUUCCAUUUCUCUUACUUUUCUCCUUCAAACCCCUUUCCAAGUUCGGCUCCCCAUCUGGGUUUUUCUUUUUCUUUUUUUUUUUCACAAUUGCUUUGUUUGGAUUAUUUCUGAGAUCGAAGCUUUCUUCAAGAUUUUGAGGGAGACACAGAACAGUCAGAUCUAAAGCAUUAUUUAUAGUAGCUAUGUCUUUUACUGGUACACAACAGAAGUGCAAGGUUUGCGAGAAGACAGUGUAUCCAGUUGAGCAGUUAUCGGCAGAUGGGGCUGUUUACCAUAAAUCUUGCUUCAAGUGUUCACAUUGCAAAGGGACAUUGAAGCUGAGCAAUUACUCCUCCAUGGAAGGUGUACUUUACUGUAAGCCUCAUUUUGAGCAGCUGUUCAAAGAGACGGGUAGUUUCAACAAGAAUUUUCAGUCACCUGCAAAGUCAGCUGAGAAGUUAACUCCUGAACUGACAAGGUCACCUAGCAAAGCUGCCAGCAUGUUCUCUGGGACACAAGAAAAAUGUGCUACUUGUGGCAAAACGGUCUAUCCACUGGAAAAGGUAGCGGUGGAGAACCAAGCCUAUCACAAGACAUGUUUUAAGUGCUCUCAUGGUGGCUGUUCCUUAAGCCCAUCAAAUUAUGCAGCCCUUGAGGGUAUUUUGUAUUGUAAACACCACUUUUCUCAGCUGUUCAAGGAGAAAGGUAGCUACAACCAUCUUAUCAAGUCUGCAUCAAUGAAGCGUGCCGCAGCCUCUGUUCCAGAAGCUUGAACUCACAACUGAUUUCUACUAUCUAUUUGGUGUGGCUUUGUUCUGUUUGUCAGUGUGCUUUCCUUUUGAUUCCUCUGAUUAUUGUUGAGGGGAACUAAUAAACCUAUGGUUCCUCGAUUGGUUUGUGCUCAUCUGUGUUGGGCAUUUUGUUGCGAUAAUGGUUACAGGAUUGUGCAUUCUUCCAGUUAUGAAAAUGACCAUUUGCAGGGCUUGAUCUUAAAAUAAAUAUUAUCAGCCUUUGGUGCUUUUGUUUUCA